AUGUCUUCAGCCUCCUCCCGUCGCGGUAGCAUCUUCAUGACCACCCUACUCAACAGCUUGGCGAACUCGAUUAAGAUUGAAGAUGACAUCAACGAGGGCUUCUUUGAUUAUGUCAAAUUCCCUCCUGAAUUUGGUGUCCUCAACAACCUCGCCCCCGCCCCAAGCUCAUCCACCCCCACCUCCACUUCUGGCGCUGCUCCCCCUCAGCCCGCUCCAUCCGCCCUGCCUGACCCACAAGGUAAACAACCUGUUCGGGCACGUGGGCUCGACUUGCAGACUUUUCUGCGCUCAAAGCUUCAGGCGCGCACCUUGAUGGCUGAACGUACCAAGAGAAUAUCUCCACAUUUGAAGAUCAAAAUGACAAGCGUGUUGAGGAUGGCUUAG